UGGAAAGACCUCCAUGCUCGCCCACUCCAACCAUUCUCCACCUCUGCCCAUGCUGGGACUGAGCCAUGGCCCUCAGCACCAUGGCUCUGCCUCUUGGGAACACCUCCAGGGGUGGGCACUCAGCCACCAAACUGGGCAGCCUGGGCCAGGCUUGCAGAACCCUUCCAGUCGAGAAGUUUCUUCUCAAUUCCAACCUAAACCUCCCCUGGGGUAACCUGAGGCCAUUUCCUCUUGUCCUGUGCCUUGUUCCUAGGCAGCAGAGCCCAACCCCAGCUGGCUGCAGCCUCCUCUCAGGGAGCUGCAGAGGACAAUGAGGUCUCCCUCAGCCUCUUCUUCCCCACACUUGCAGCCCCCCAGCUCCCUUAGCUGCUCCUCCCCAGCCCUGCUCUCCAGACCCUGCCCCAGCCCUGCUGCCCUUCUCUGGACCUUCUCCAGCCCCCGUUUUAGGGCUGCCUUUGUUUCCUCGCACAGAGUCUCCGAGUUCUGGCUGCUUGCCCACGUGGAGCGUUUCACUUCUGACCUUUAGCUGCUCCUUACUCUGAGGUGGAGUUGCGCUGUCGGGCAGCGAGACGGAGGACGAUGACACCAUGGACGUGCCCCUGGACCUGUCGUCGGGCUCGGGCAAGCGGCGGCGCCGCGGGAACCUGCCCAAGGAGUCUGUGCAGAUCCUGCGGGACUGGCUCUACGAGCACCGCUACAACGCCUACCCCUCGGAGCAGGAGAAGGCGCUGCUGUCGCGCCAGACGCACCUCUCCACGCUGCAGGUCUGCAACUGGUUCAUCAACGCGCGGCGCCGGCUGCUGCCCGACAUGCUGCGCAGGGACGGCAAAGACCCCAACCAGUUCACCAUCUCGCGUCGCGGCGCCAAGCUCCCCGAGGGCGGCCUGCUGGCCGAGCCGGCCCCGGGCGCCCAGAACUGCAUCCCGCUGCUGGAGGAGGCCUCCGCCUGCCUGCCGGCCGCGCUGGGCAAGGCUCUGUCCUGCGGCGGGCCCGCGCCGCUGGCCCGGCCCUCCGUCAUCUGCCACACCACCGUGACGGCGCUCCGGGAUGCCCCCCUGCCCCGCUGCCAGCCCCCGGACCUGCCGCCGCCGGCCGCGCCCGCUCUGACAGACAGCUGCCCCUGCCCGGCGCCGGAGCCCGCCAGCCCCGCCGCCGGCCCCGCCGCGCAGAGCGGCCUCUUCAACACCCCGCCGCCCACCCCGCCCGACCUCCACCAGGACUUCAGCGGCUUCCAGCUCCUGGUGGACGUUGCGCUCAAGCGGGCCGCGGAGAUGGAGCUGCAGGCCAAGCUGGUGGCCUGAGCCCCGGGCGCCCCUCCAGGGCCGGCCUGGGCGGCGCUGGGCUCGGGGCUUUGGUUCUUCUUGACCUUAUUUGCACAAGGGAUCGCCGAAGCGCAGCUCCCUCCGGCCGCCCUGGGCGGCCUGCAGCCGAGCGCUGCUCCUGCCGAGGCGCAGAACUUUGAAGCUACUGUAGCGAGGAGCCGUGAGGGGAGCCUGGUGUAGUGCUGGGGCUGGUCGUUGGUUUGGUUUUUAACGUUUCCUUUGUAGCUUUCGGGUUUGUUGUUUCCAUAAUGUGAGCUGGCUCCCAGCCCCAGGUGAUUCGCUGGGCCUGGGCUUUGUGUUCCUUUCAGACUGUGCAAUAUCUGGAUGAUGAUGAUGAUGAUGAUGAUGAUACAAAGUCUUCUUCUGAGCAUUCCCCACGUGCUGGCUAAGAGAAAUCCUCCGUAUUUUUUUUAACAAAUACCAAUUUUGGAUGAUUUACACUUUUUAUUUCCCUCCCCCCCCAUAAGGUAAUAAACUAUUUUCUUUACAAACAGAA